GAAAAAACAGCCAAGCAAACCACACAACAACACAACAGUAAAACUACCAAGAGUGCUGAUUACUAGAAAUGACAUGACUGGCAGAUUGUGGUGCAGGUAAAGGGUGCACAGGUCCCAAAGGAAGGCAGGUGAUCUGCUGCUUCCUUCUGAUGCAUGUAAAAAUAGUGCUGGCAGCUGCUACGUCAGCUGGUUAUCACUGAACGACACUUGCUGUAGGCAGAUGUAAAACCAAGCAGCACUGAGUGGCUGUAUGUCUGCCCUCUUCCCCAGUAAUGGAGCUGAAUGCAGUGUUUAACCCAUCCACAGUGAAUGUCUGAUAGAAUGCUGUUACAGUUGGGCAUCCCUUGUGGUGACUCGGGUGCGAUGCAGGGGAACAUGCAGGAUACAAGCUCCAGGUCAAUGUUAAUCUUCAACUCUGGAAAAUUUUUCCAGUGCGAUGUAGCUGUGGAGCCAGUACCAUUAAAGGCUCCAAAUUCCAAGCCCUGUUGGAGAAUAUGUGGAGGUACUGUUGGUGCAAUUCUGACAUGUCCACUGGAAGUUGUGAAAACACGAUUGCAGUCCUCCUCUGUGACUCUCUACAUCUCUGAAGUCCAUCUCAACACUGUGAAUGGUGCUAGCGUCAAUCGAGUAACUAGAGUUUCUCCUGGGCCUCUCCAUUGUUUGAAGAUGAUCUUGCAAAAGGAAGGUCCUCGUUCCCUGUUCAGAGGGCUGGGUCCUAAUCUAGUAGGUGUUGCUCCUUCCAGAGCAAUAUAUUUUGCUGCCUACUCAAACUGCAAGGAAAAGUUGAACAGUAUUUUCAAUCCAGAUUCUACGCAGGUACACAUGAUUUCAGCUGGUGUGGCAGGUUUUACUGCGAUCACAGCAACUAAUCCCAUUUGGCUAGUAAAGACACGAUUACAGCUUGAUGCAAGGAAUCGUGGAGAAAAGCGAAUGAGUGCUUUUGAAUGUGUCCAAAAAGUUUAUCGCUCAGAUGGUAUUAAAGGCUUUUACAGAGGAAUGUCAGCGUCCUACGCAGGCAUAUCUGAGACUGUUAUUCAUUUUGUUAUUUAUGAGAGUAUUAAGAGAAAACUACUAGAGUAUAAGACUGCCUCUGCCAUGGACAAUGAGGAUGAAUCAGCAAAAGAAGCUUCGGACUUUGUUGGUAUGAUGAUGGCUGCUGCCACUUCCAAAACAUGUGCAACAUCAAUAGCAUAUCCUCAUGAGGUUGUACGAACAAGACUAAGAGAAGAAGGAACAAAAUACAGAUCUUUCUUCCAGACAGUAUCUUUGCUUGUGCGAGAAGAAGGGUAUGGCUCCCUCUACAGAGGUUUAACUACACAUCUGAUCAGACAGAUUCCAAACACGGCUAUCAUGAUGUCAACCUAUGAAGUGGUAGUCUACUUGCUCGAUGGAUAGCAAUGUGACAAGGCUUCCUAGAAGAAGGUGGAAGAUGGAGAGACUGGAGUGGACCACUGAAUGUCAAUGCCGAUGGCGGUGGGCAAAGGAAAGAUGUAUCAGGAACAUGCAGCUAUGGACAAAACAGAAGGCUGGUUGUGGGCAACUCUGGAUAAUUUUGCUGCCUGAUUGUAUGGUGUCUUGACAAUGUGACAAAUGGGAGCUGCCCCUUAGGGAAUACCUUUAUACAUCUUUUAAUUCCAAAUUGUUACUUUCUUUUCGCCUGUUAAUCCAGGCAAGGCUGUUAAGCCAUCUUCAGAUGGCCAUCUUCAGACACCUGAUGGGUGAGGGAGGGGGUGUAUAAUAUGUUAUUGGGCAGCCUUAUUCACUUCCCUGAGUAAUUGCUCUCAACUGUGUCCUUUUUUUGUUCUGUUUUACUGCACAGUAACCUGUGGGACGAAUGGGGAAGACAGUGCUUUCAUGCCUUUCCAUACCUGAAACGUCCAUUCAGUUGGAUUCAUAGAGAGACAGAGGUAGUAGUCAGUGCGUAAAGUUUUCCAUGUUGCUAUCUCAUUACAAAAUAUGGCGCAGGGACACAGAACAAAGUGAUUUCUUCACUAUUAAAAGUGAUACUUGAUGGUUUGUUUGAGGUUUUGGGGCUUUUUGUUUGGUUUUGAGUUUUGUUUUUCAGGGCUUUUGGUGUGUUUUAAGUUUGAGCAGUGUUGUAAGUUACUGAGAGAAGAUUCUAUUGUUGAACUCUUCAGAUUAUCAAGCUGUUGAUAUUGGUGUGUGUAGGUUGCUAGUUCUGCUGCAUCAUCUUUUCUCUUCUGGAACUUGCCUUCCUUAAAUAAGAGAGACCUAUGAAGUGUUUUCCUAUGUCAUCAAUUUUCCUUGCCAACCUGUCAGGUCACUCGCACAGCUAAGGAGGAACUUGAUGAAUGCUACUUCAGAGCCUUUUUAAGGAUUUAUAAUGUGAUGAGGAAUCUCAACUAGCCUAGCCUACCAUUUGUGAAGACAGGAUUCACCCAGAUAGUUUCAUGCUACUUAAGAACAAGUGGUAUUAGCCUAAAAUGUCUGGCAAAUCCUGACUUGGAUUACCAGUAUCUAUAUGGGAGUACAGGGGCAGAACACAUAUCACUAUGGCCAAGGUGACCAGAAAGCAGAAAACAGUUGAAAGUGGGAUAGAUCUUUUUGAGUGCAGCCUCUGUGCAGAGUGAUGGAGAAAAUUGUAAUUAAGACUCUUGUAAGCAUUUCCCCUUGAUAAUUGCUAUAUCACUUCUUCCUACUUGAGCCUAUAUACUGAACAGCAGUAUAACCUUGUCCUCCAAAUUGUCUGAAUAUAAAGGCAUUGGUUUUGCUCUAUGAGACAAUUGCAGAACAGUAUGUCACCUUGAGCAGUGAGGCUUAGCUAGUUUGUCCUCAUAAUUUACAGGGUUCUCCAGAACCAUACAGCUGGAAUGUCAAAAUCAGAAGCUUAAUGUUACAAGAACUUGUACAGCUUUCCAAGCAGAUACCUUCUAUCUGCACCUUGAGUACUUCUCAGUCUGCAUCCAUGAUCCUUAUGAGGAAGGGUUAUCAUUAUAAAUUGGGGGCAAUAGCUUUCUACAUAUAAAUGCUGCUAUACUCAUGUGGACAGAACUGUGCUAUCAACUCUUCCAGUGUGGUACUUCAGUACACUUAAACUGUGCUUUGUGUGCAAUGGCUUUAUUUUAUGAAUGACUCCUUAUGCACUUUGUGGCCUUCUUAUAGAUUAUGACUUUUCUUCCUCUUUUGGGUAGCCUGUAGUCAAACUGUGUUCAAAACACGCAGUUUGGUUUUAAACAAAGCAUGUAGUUUGAUUUCUGUGUAAGCUGUGCAGGGUAAAACGUUAUGCUGUAGAUCCAUAGCAUCUCUGAUGCAGUAGUUCUGUAGGCUGUAUGUAAAAGCCCAAAGCUUACAGAACAGUUUGUCUGGGGUUUUCUAGUUGGCUUUUGUUUAUUUUGACCCUUGUCAUGUUCCCCACACAGUGUCAAAGUAUUUGAGUUUUUCAUGUAAUUCUCUGUACUAAUUGCUCAUCUUUCGAAAAGCCACCUAAAGUAUUGCAGUGGAGGCUUAGCUGUAUCAACUUCUUUCUCCUUAAAAACUGUUACCUAACAUUUUUUAAAGCAGAUAGUGUGGUCUGUGAUGUGACCAAAGAUGAAUUUGAUUGUUUUAAAGUGAGGGGUGUGCUUAAAUGUGUUCUCAAGUUGGGCUUUUUCUAGUGAUCUCUCUAGGAAAAGUCUGGAGUAUUCAUGACUGACUGAAGUCUUGCUGUGAUGCCAUUGUUAAGAUAACUAAGGGCAGGAUUAGUUACUUAUUGUAGGCUUUAUUUUGUAGAAAGUGGAUUACUCUUCAGGCUGUCCAGAUUAUUCAGUCAUAGCCAAAAUUUAAAUUGGCAAAGACAACUUUGGAGUUAAUGAAUACAAUGAACACUUGGAUUAGCUUAGGCUUCAUGGAGUUACUCUCCUGUUUUAUUGGAUACGUUGUCCCUUGGUUACAUGUUUGUCUCCCAUUUAUUCACUGGGUACUGUGUGCGUGCCUUGUCUGGGUGAGAAAGACCCUCUGGAGUUGAUAACUAGAAAAUGUUAAAAAGGACAAAUGAAUAUGGGAGACAACAGCUAAAAAUAGACAAUCAGCUGCUGCUUCUGCCUUUGUAAUGGGUGUUUAAGCAGUUUUAAACUUCAGGAGUUAUCUUUUAGGCUUGCUUUACAUAACAAAACUUAAAGAUUCACAGAAAUAUUUUUGUUAGUUUUAAACUACCAGUACAUGCAGAGUUACCGCUGAAAUAUUUCCCAAACGUUUUAAUUACUUAGACAGUUUAUAUUAAGAACUCAAAGGGAAUAAGAAGAUGUUACGUAACCUUUUAACUACAGAACUACAGGAGUGCAUUUAAACUUUCUUGUAACUUAGAUGGCCAUCUUUGAUUUCAUAUUUGAAUGUAGUGUAUUUAUGUCACGCUUUUCUGUGCUAGAGGCAGAGGUCUUGGAUUUAUGGAAAAACUCAUUAAUUAAAUAGUUUCCUCAUGUUUCCCUUGCCUAGAUGAAACCUAAAUACUACUGCAAGCUGUUAAUUUUGACUCUGCACCACCACUGCGGUUGCAGUUUCCCCUGUCAGCCAGAAGAUGGCACUGGAGUACGCAUUUAUCUGCCAGAGCCUGGUUACAGUGGGCUGGUUGUCCUCCUUUCUCAGUACCAUACUGGGGGGACAUGGCAAGGUGGCCCGAGUUUGGAAAGCCAUCAAAACCAAACAGAUUUCAGUGAAUGCAGUCACAUUUCUCAGCCCCAAUGUUAUCCAUUUGGUCCCUGUAGAGCUGUGUGAAAAUGAAUCGUGUUGCAGAGGCUGAGCCCAGCCUUUAAACUGACUAACAGAUCUGCUAUUUCUGUUUGAAUUCCUGAUCUGCUAGCCUAUAUUGUUUUACACUUGGGAUUUAGGGAGUUUUUUUGUUGUUUUAAUUGUAACUGAAAUGUCAAGCUGUGCACUUGUAUAUUGACAUUGCACCUAUCUCGUUCCCUGUUUACAUAAUGCACUCCGUAUAUUUCCUUUCUGAUUGCGGGGUUUGUUAAUGACAGUUUCUGCUAUUCUGUUUUUGUUCUGAUAAUGACAUUUGUAACAUUCCUCACUGUAGCAUUUUAAAAGGAUGCUUCCAGAGACAAAAUAUUGGAGAGCCUUUAUAAAUGUUGGUUCCUGUUUAAACUGUUUAAGUUUGGAAACUGAGCUGAAGGCUGAAGCGUGCCUAGGUAAAUGUAUUACUUCUUCCAACCUUGUCUGUGAAGAUUCAGUCAUGUAAGUUUUCAGCUCCUCAAUUUAAGAGUCUGCCUACCCUGCAUAUGUGAACAUAACUGUGCCCUCAGAGUCAUAGCUAAACUCUCACAAAUGAGAGUUUUGGAAUACUUCAAGGCUCAUGUGAGGUUUGGUAUUAUUCUUGCAUACAUGUAGUUGGCUGUAAACUAUGUGCAUUUACUCUGUAUUUAUAUGGUUAACUUUUUUUGUUCAGAUUGCUUUACAACUCAAAGCAAAUUAAAAUUAUGUGCUUCUGUUCAAAUGUUGCCUUCUGUGCUAAACUGUACACUAUUUUUAACCUUUUAAUUUUUCUAUUAUUGAUCUAUCAUCAGUGCCUGAGCAGUUGUGAUUAAAAAUGAGCAAUUCAUUGGGAGAUCUAGUAAAUCAUUUUAUCUUCUGCCAUUUUAUAGUAGCUGAAAAUAAUGCAUCUGUAUUGUACCUAUAAUGUGUUCUUUAUGGAGAGGUUCAUGGGUGACUUAAACUGGGUCUGUUCUUGCAGUUGGAUUUGAAUAGUGUUACCUCUGCAGAAUGAAGCGUUACUGUCUGUGAACUCAAAUUCAGUAACAUGAUGAGAAAACUUCUGUCAUUUAAAGUGCCAGCUAGUACCAACCACUGCUGGCAAAAAAGAAGUAAUUAAAAUGUUCUCUUAACUGCGUGUGCAAUAGAACCAAGUCCUUGAACCUGUAACAUUAUUGGGUAUCAUUUCUCCUAAGUGUUUGAUCUGAAGUCUGUCCUCAGAACUUCCUCAGAAAUCAUUCUGCAAAUGCACACAUAGGUUUUGUUUGGUGAUAAUGUGCUGUGUUUUUUCCCCUCAGUGUGUGUUCUGGAACUGAAUCCUUUGCAGCCUUUAAUAUGGAGCCAGGCUUGAUGUCUCCAAUUUGAUUCUUUCAGCUAUUCAGAACUAUUUCAAAACUUGCAUUAAACCAACAUAUCUGUGAUUAAAUGUUUCUUCUCUUUCA